UCUACAUCACUCUUCUUCCCAUCGUUUCCUCAGGAAUUUUGUUUUCUCUGAAUUCAUUUGGGCUUAGGUCAUCCAAUGUUCUUGUGCCGCCGAUCGUUUCUAAAAUGACGUUGCUGCUCUCGUUCGCGUAAUGGCGGGUAUUGAUUUUUCAAAAUCGCAUGUUAUCAAGGGUUCCUACGAGGUCCCAUCUUGUCCAUCAGUCACCAAAAAGGCGAAGGAAGAGUCGUCCUUUACUGGUCGGCCCGUCGGUCCAUCGGCAGUCCCUCUAUCUAGGCUCAUGAAGAUUUGCGGUCAUUGGGCUCUUCGACUUAACUGCGAGGAUGAGGAUCUUUCCGGGGUCGUUCUGGCCGAAGUCUUUGGCCGAGAGGAUUUGAAAUCUUGGGGUUCUUGGGUCGAUAGGCUAGACCCUAUUUUUGGCGACAUGUGGGAUUCUUGGGGCAUUAGGUAUAUGAUAAUGUUAAGCAAGGUAAUCCCUUCCCAGAGUAGUGAGUUAGCAAAAGCUUUGCUUGGGUUUUGGAGUUCUCAUAUUAACGCAUUUGUACUCCAGUUUGGCAUUCUAACUCCUACUGUUUUGGAUGUUUCGGUGAUUUUAGGCUUGCUAGUAGGUGAGGUUGAGCCCCAUUUUUCAUCUUUCUAUACCGUAGAGCCACUAGCGAUGCCUUCGCCAUAUGAUAGUAACAACAAGGUGGUUGAUUUAUUGCAAUCAAAUCGCGUUUUGGGUAGUCCUAGUCCGGAGGAGAAUAUCGUCCUUUUGUUCUUUUGGUUCAAUAGGUUUUUUGCUUGCUUUGCCUCUAAGGGUUUUCUUCGGGAAGUAUUCUUUGUCUCCGCCUGACGAUCCAGAAGCUUUUGAGUGUAUGCAAUUGUCGGUCCUGGAUGCAGCGGUGCAUGAAAGCUUGGAAUCUUUCAGAAAGCGUCGAUUAGAGGCAUUGGCAGGUAGGUUAGGCGAAGUGGCCGAUAGUCUUCAAUCUUGCCGAGCCCUCCACAAAGUCACCGGUGAACAGUUAGGAGAGUUGGCUUCGUUGGAAGAACGACGAAAAGCCUACGCCGAGUCUUAUGAGGAGGAGAGGCGCAAGGCAGAGGAGGAAAGAACCUAUAUUGACGGUCUUCGGAAAGAACAGAUUGUCCUCCAAACCGAAAUGGAACAAAUUCGAGUACGAUUGAAUAAGAUCCCCUCGGAAAUUGAGAGAGUACCCGACAGCCUGGUUGAAGGGGUCACCGAUCGCCUUGAGUUGUAUGAUUUAAUGCGGGCGGUCGAUGGUCCUUUGGUGGUGUUGGUCGGGUGUCGGGCGAUGUUGCAGCAAAAUUUUAGUUAGGCGGAAUAGAACCUAGCCGAACUUAGGCUGUCCUAGGUUGAUGUCAUAACCGAUUGGACGGCUCUUCUUCCUAUGAGUCCGGAUGCUGCCGAUGGCCGGGAGCUUCUAGGGGAGCUACCUUUUGGUAUGGUGGUCUCGCCUUCUCGUGACUAUCCAAAACCUACCGUCGCUGGGGUGUCUUCUGUCGGGAGGAGCUCCUUGCUUAAUAUCCAAGUGGACCAGGGUGACGACUGAUCUGGUCGGGCAGCUUUCCUUUGUUUUGUUUUGAUUAUUGAUAUCUCACGUUGUUGUAAUGUCUUUUGAACUAGUCUUUGUAGGCAAAACUUGACAUAUAUCAACAUCGGUCCUUAUUUUGAA